AUGCCGGCCACCGGCGCGUUGGCGCCCGUCGCGGCGCCUGGGGCUCGGCGGCCGCUCCUCAUCUUCCGCCGCGCCGCGCCGCGCCCGCAGGUGCCGACGACGACGACGCGGUGGCGGUGCCGCGCGUCCGCCGCCGCCGCGCACGGAGCGCCGACGCCGAGCUCGAGCGCCGCGGCGAGGAGGAGGCGAGGGGUCAAGGAGUACGUGGAGGCGGCGCGGGAGAUGGCGCGGCAAAAGGACGGCGGCCCGCCGCGGUGGUUCUCGCCGCUCGAGUGCGGGGGCGCCGGCGCCGGCGGCCGCGUCCCCGGCGCACCCACGCUGCUCUACCUGCCCGGAAUUGAUGGAAUUGGUUUAGGACUUGUACGGCACCAUGAAAGAUUGGCAGAGAUGUUUGAGUUGUGUUGCUUGCACAUACCAGUUGAAGAUCGAACGUCCUUUGAAGGACUGGUUGAGUAUGUGGAGAGGACAGUAAAGUCACAGAGCUCAAGAGCACCAGACAGACCAGUGUAUCUUGUUGGAGAAGCAGUAGGAGCGUGCAUCGCUCUAGCCGUUGCUGCGCGAAACCCAGACAUAGACCUGGUAUUGAUCCUAGUAAACCCAGGAACAUCAUUCCAUAGGUCACAGUUGCAAACUCUCUCAGCCUUCUUGGAUAUGGUCCCUGAACCCUUCCAUUUGACCACUCCACAGCUGCUAAAUUUUCUGACAGGGAACUUCAUGAAGAUGCCAUCAACUUUUGUUGGACGUGGCUUCUCUCUAGAAGAAGCUGGUCAGACAUUAUCAGAGAUCACAUCCAAUUUGUUGGAUUCCCUUAUGAUUUUGGUUGAUGUUCUGACAAAGGAAUCUAUCGUUUGUAAGUUGAAAAUGUUGAAGACAGCAUCAUCAUUUGUCAAUUCCCGUUUACAUGCAGUCAAGGCCGAGACUUUGGUGCUAGCCAGUGGAAAUGAUGAACUUCUACCAAGCAGCCAAGAGGCUGAGAGGCUCCGUGGUGCUCUAGAGAAAUGCAGAACACGUCUUUUCAGAGAUAAUGGCCACAAAAUCUUACUGGAAGCCGAUUUCGAUCUCGCAACAACCAUAAAAGGAGCUGGGUUCUACCGCCGCACCAGGAAGACAGACUUCGUUUCAGACUACCUACCUCCUACUCCAGAUGAGUUCCAACAAGCUAUCAAUCACGACAGGAUCCUAAAGCUUGUCACUGACCCAGUGAUGCUAUCAACACUGCCUGAUGGGAAGAUAGUGAGGGGUCUGGCAGGGCUGCCAAGGGAGGGCCCUGCCGUGCUGGUUGGGUACCACAUGCUCCUGGGGUUUGAGCUUGGACCUAUGGUCACAGGCAUCCUGAGCAGCACCGGAGUCCACAUCCGGGGCUUGGCGCACCCCUUCAUGUUUGACAAGAGCACCGAGCAGCUGAUGCCCGACUCGGCGCACUUCGACCUGCAUCGGAUCAUGGGGGCAGUGCCAGUCACAGGUGCCAAUUUUUACAAGCUCCUUGCAGAUAAGGAGUUUGUGCUGCUGUAUCCAGGAGGUGCGCGGGAAGCGCUUCAUAGAAAGGGAGAGGAGUACAAGUUGUUUUGGCCGGAGCAACCUGAAUUCGUGAGAAUGGCAUCCAGGUUUGGAGCAACGAUCAUACCAUUUGGAGUAGUGGGAGAAGAUGAUAUAUGCCAUUUGUUGUUAGACUACAACGAUCUUCAGAAGGUUCCCUUCUAUGAUAUACUCGACAACGCCUUAAACCGCGAUGGACUGAAGCUAAGGACUGAUUCCAUGGGAGAGGUAAAAAAUCAAAGAAUGCACCCCCUAGUGCUUGCGCCAAAGGUACCAGGGCGGUUUUACUUCGUCUUUGGAAAGCCUAUUGAGACAAGAGGGAGAGAGAAAGGACUACGAGACAGAGAGGAGGCGCAGCGCCUCUAUUUGCAAGUCAAAUCUGAGGUGGAGAGCUGUAUCAACUAUCUGAAGGAGAAAAGGGAGGAGGACCCUUACAGGAGUAUACUGCCCAGGCUUCUCUACCAAGCAGUUUAUGGUCCCAAUGCAGAAAUACCCACAUUUGAACCGUGA